AUGGUUCAAGCCGAAGCUUUCAUUGAAGAUUGGAAAGAAUCCUAUGCUGAAAUUUGGUACCAAUCAAUAAAGGAAGCAUUGAAUCAUGGCUUAAGACCUCGCGAUAUUGGAGCUUUCAGCUCUCGCGAGAUGAGGUUGAUCAUUGAAAAGUUCCUAUACAAGCCUAUCAGAACCACCGAGAUCGACGACGUCGCGAAGAAGGCAGAAAAGGAGCUUUCGUUGCAAGAUUGCAAGCAAAUAAAAUAG